AUAAUUUAAUUUUAAUUUUUGUUAAAACCUCCUCUUCUUCUCUCACCAAACACUUUCUCACUUUUCUCUCUCUUUUCCAAAAAAUCUAUCCUUCGUUCUCUCUGCUGUCGUCUCAGGGAAAAUUGAGGGGGAAAAACCCCUCUUUUUUUUUUUCCUUUAUUUUUAUUUUUCUUUUGUUACUCAACUUUUGUUUAUUGAGGAAUUAAGGAUUUGGAUUUAUGUCCUUCAAUAAUCAAUCAAAGUCCGAUAAGAGCGACACCGCGUACCGACGAACCGGUCGAUCAACCAGCUUCAAUCAGCAGCGAGGUAACACCGGUGGUGGUACAUACGUUAAGGCCGGCACCGGCGCCGCCGCGCCUUCACCCUCACUUAACUCUUCUCGGAGUUUUAACAAGAAGUCUAAUAAUCAUGCACAAGGUGGACCAUCUAGGGUAAACCCUACCCAGCUGAAUUCAGCCGAGUCUAAUUAUGCUUCUGCAGUCCGAGCAACACCGAAUGGUUCCCAUUCCCAUGUACAGCCGCAAUUUCAUGGAGGGUUUGAUGCAUCAGUUACAAAUGCAACUGCCAAGACAUCCGAAUCAUCAGCUGCACAGAGGAUCACCAGAGCUGUUCCUAAAGCUCCUAUUUCUCAACCUCCCCCCGUGAGUUCUGAUUCAGCAGCACCUAAAACCCCUGCUAAGGGAGAUGCAUCCAAAGCAUUCCCUUUCCAAUUUGGAUCUAUUAGUCCUGGCAUUGUGAAUGUGAUGACGAUUCCUGCUCGCACAAGCUCGGCUCCUCCUAAUAUAGAUGAGCAAAAUCGUGAUCAGGCUCGUCAUGAUUCUCUAAGGCCUGUGCCUUCUGUUCCAACACCUACUGUUCCAAAGCAGCUGCCAGUGAAAAAUGAUACAGGUGUCGCCGACCAAUCUAAGGUUGGAGAAACUCAUAUUGGUACAAGGGCAAAAAAGGAUACCCAGGUGUCACCUUUACCCCCACCAAGCCUUAUGCAGAAUCAUUCUGUUGUUCCUCUAACUGGAAUGUCAAUGCCAUAUCACCAGUCACAAGCACCCAUGCACUUCGGUGCUGCUAAUCCACAAAUUCAAUCUCAUGGUAUGUCAACAGCACCUCUUCAGAUGCCUUUACCAAUGCCUUUUCAAAUUGGAAACGCUGCACAAGUGCAACAACAGGUAUUUGUUUCAGGUCUUCAACCUCAUCCUAUCCAUCCUCAAGGAAUCAUGCAUCAACAUCAAGGCCAAAAUAUAGGUUACAUUCCUCAAAUUGGUCAUCAAUUUCCCCAUCAGUUUGGCAACAUGGGUAUGGGCAUUAACCCACAAUUUUCCCCACAGCAAGGAGGAAAAUUUGCUGGGCCUCGUAAAACUACCCCGGUGAAAAUAACUCACCCUGAUACCCACGAAGAGCUUAGACUUGAUAAAAGGGCAGAUGAUGGUGGGUCAUCAGGUUCUAGGUCUCAUUCUAGCAAGCCUUCUCAAUCUCCAUCUGUCAAGCCAUUUGCUGCUUCUCAUGCUAACGCUCAGCCACCAAGAAUUAAUUAUGCUGUGAGCCAUGGUCCACAAUUAUCAUCGCAUAAUACCCUGCCUGGCAAUAAAAUUGUCACUUCUAUUCCUGGCAAUGUUGAACAACGUAAUCAAGAAUUUUCCCAUGAUAUGCCUAAUGCAAUUUCAUCAACUCCUUUAGGAGUAUCUUCUGUAUCUAUAAAGCCAUGUGGUGGAUCUGGAUCUAUGGACUCCUCAUUUGCCAAUUCCAGUAAUUCUCAAAAGGGUGGAUCUCCUAUUUCCUCAGUAACAUCUAGUGAUGUUUACUCUUUGGUGCCUCCAAAAGGACCUGAAACUUGUUCUGAAAUCUCUUCCCAACAAUCUACUGCUGCAUCUGUUUCUGCUGAGAAGCUUACAUCAGCUUCCUUGUUGCCUUCUUCAACUGCUUUUAGUGAGAAUUCUGUUUGUGCUCUUAAUGAAGGCAGAAACAAGGAAUCUCUUAGUAGAUCAAAUUCUUUGAAGGAUAAUCAGAAGAGACUGCAGAAGAAAGCCCAAUUGCAACAUCAGGUGGAUGUACAAUCUUCUGCUGUGGGUAAUGAACCUUCCCUAGCUGAUGAUGGUGGUAUCUCUGAUUGUGUAGUUUCUGAAACUGUAGGAACUAAAACACCCUAUUCUGCAGCAACUGCCAAUGAAGAUCUAUUAGCAAUAGCUUCUGGCACAGUUUCAGCUACCAGUGAGAGCAUACCUUCUUCUGUUGAAGAGAAGACCACUGGUUCUACAAAGGUGUCUGCUAGUGCUUCAGCGGAAGGACCUGUUACUCAAGCUGUGGAUAGUUUGAACAAUCAUAAGAGUGAUGAGCUAGAUGUAUUCUCCCGAGAGGAUAAACAGCUGAGGCAGAACGAAUUAGUCGGUGAUAAAAUUAAAAUUUCAACUCCGCAGAUAAGUAAAAAUGUCAAUGGUGACGGCGGAGAAUUUAGCCACCUCAAAAAAGGUGCUUCAGAGAUAAACACUGGGGUUGUAACUUUGCAGACUGGGCUGCAAGUACAGGAUGAAAUUGAAUCUGCAAGUUGCAGCAUAGACCGUGAUAGGAUGGCUGAUAAUUUAGGCAUGUCUACUUCUGCACUGAAUUCUAAAGACGCGUCUUUAAGCAGCAACGACGGUGUAGUGGGUAAUGAAGUCACUUCUACAAAUUCUGGCACAUCAGAUCAUCAAUCUUCUGGCCAUCUCGAAACAAAUUUAAAACAUUGCAAAGAUAGUUCGGAGGAAUCUGGCACUGGCGCAGUGUCUCUUCCAGCAGCAUCUGUUACUAUGGACAGGCCAAUUUUAGAGGCAAGUAAGGUGAAAGGUACAUCAAAGGGGAAGAAGAAACUAAAGGAAUUUCUUCAGAAAGCAGAUGCUUCUGGGUCUACUGCUGAUCUGUAUAACGCGUAUAAGGGACCUGAGGAAAAGAAAGAAGUUGUUGCAAGUUCAGAGACUUCUGGAAAUUUGAAGCAGCUGCCUAUGGAUGCUGCUCAGCCAGCUGCAGUUGCAAAUGAACAAUGUGGGCAGAGUAAGGCUGAACUUGAGGACUGGGAGGAUGCCGCCGAUAUGUCCACACCUAAGCUAGAAGUAUCAGAUAAAACUCAACAGGACAGCAACGGAAGUGAAGUUACUGGCAAAAAGUACUCUCGAGAUUUCCUUUUAAAAUUUGCAGAGCAGUGCUCUGAGCUUCCCGAAGGGUUUGAAAUCACGGCAGACAUAGCUGAAGCUUUGAUGGGUUCGAAUAUUGGUUCUCAUGUUAUGGUACGCGACACACAUCCUUCUCCUGGAAGAAAUACAGAUAGGUCAGGUGGGAUGUCUCGGAUAGAUCGUCGUGGGAGUGGUGUUAUCGAGGAUGAUAAAUGGAGUAAAGUUCCUGGUGCUUUUCAUUAUGAUAAUGGUAAUGUAGGUAAUACAGGAUUCCGACCUGCACAUGGUGGCAAUGCUGGUGUUUUAAGGAAUCCACGCCCACAAGGAACUGUGCAGUAUGGUGGAGGGAUUCUUUCUGGGCCAAUGCAAUCAAUGGUACAUCAAGGAGGAAUGCAAAGAAAUAGCCCUGAUGGCGAAAGGUGGCAGCGUGCUACUAGCUUCCAGCAGCAGAGGGGUUUAAUGCCAUCUCCUUCUUCUCAAUCUCCUUUGCAGACUAUGCACAAAGCUGAGAAGAAGUAUGAGGUGGGUAAGGUGACAGAUGAGGAACAGGCAAAGCAGAGGCAGUUGAAAGGUAUAUUGAACAAGUUAACACCCCAGAAUUUUGAGAAGCUAUUUGAGCAGGUUAAAGCAGUUAAUAUUGAUAAUGUAGUCACUCUCACUGGUGUCAUCUCCCAAAUCUUUGAGAAGGCCUUGAUGGAACCCACUUUCUGUGAAAUGUAUGCCAAUUUCUGUUUUCAUCUGGCAGCUGCGUUGCCUGAUCUCAGUCAAGACAAUGAAAAGAUAACAUUUAAGAGAUUAUUGUUAAAUAAGUGCCAGGAAGAAUUUGAGAGGGGUGAGAGAGAGCAAGAAGAAGCUAAUAAAGCUGAUGAGGGUGAGGUGAAACAGUCUGAUGAGGAAAGAGAAGCAAAACGAUCCAAGGCUAGAAGACGAAUGUUGGGUAAUAUCCGGUUAAUUGGAGAACUAUAUAAGAAGAAAAUGCUGACAGAGAGAAUAAUGCACGAGUGCAUAAAAAAGUUACUUGGUCAGUGUCAGAAUCCGGAUGAAGAAGACAUCGAAGCUUUGUGCAAACUGAUGAGUACUAUUGGGGAGAUGAUUGACCACCCCAAAGCCAAGGAACAUAUAGAUGUAUAUUUUGAAAGAAUUAAAUUAUUAUCAAACAACAUGAAUUUGUCUUCUAGAGUGAGGUUCAUGUUAAAGGAUACCAUUGAUUUGAGAAAGAAUAGAUGGCAACAAAGGAGAAAAGUUGAGGGGCCAAAAAAGAUUGAAGAGGUGCACCGGGAUGCUUCCCAAGAGAGGCAAUCCCAAGCUGGUAGGCUGGGUCGUGGUAUGGGUAUUAGUACACCAAGAAGGACCACCCCUACGGAUUUUGGUUCAAGAGGUUCAUCUAUGUUAUCCCCUUCUAAUGCUCAGAUGGGUGGAUUGCCUAAUCAAAUGCGUGGGUAUGGUUCUCAGGAUGUUCGUGGGUAUGAAAGGCAAUCUUAUGAGGCUAGGCCGCUAUCUAUUCCCUUGCUUCAAAGAUCUUCAGGUGAUGAGUCAAUAACCUUGGGACCCCAAGGUGGUCUUGCUAGAGGAAUGUCUAGCAGAGGUCCAGCUGCCGUUUCCAGUUUCGGUGGUCCUAAUGGUUACAGUAAUUUAUCAGAGCGCGCUUCAUACAGCCCUAGGGAGGACCUCACACCAAGAUAUGUUCCGAAUAGAUUUGCUGGUCCAACUGCUUAUGAUCAAUCAAGUGCUCCAGAGCAUAGUGUGAAUUACAGUAAUAGGGAUUUGGGAAGUGCAGAUAGGUUUCUUGAUAGACCUGUUGUAAAUCCACCUCCUGCCCGAGCACAAGAGACUGCACUCUCCCAGAAUACCUCUUUUGAAAAGGGUUUGUCAGAAGAGAAACUACAGAAGAUGUCCAUGGCAGCAAUUAAAGAAUACUAUAGUGCUAGAGAUGUAAACGAAGUUGUUUUGUGCGUCAAAGAUCUGAACUCUCCAAGCUUUCAUCCUUCCAUGGUUUAUCAUUGGGUCACAGAUUCAUUUGAGAGAAAGGACACAGAGAGAGAUCUUUUGGCCAAACUGCUGAUCGACCUUGUGAAAUCUCAUGACGGUACCUUAAGUCAACCCCAGCUCAUUAAAGGGUUGGAAUCUGUUCUAAGUACUUUGGAAGAUUUUGUUACGGAUGCCCCAAGAGCACCGGAGUAUCUUGGUCGCAUUUUUGCCAAAGCUAUAACAGAGCAUGUAGCCUCUUUGAAAGAGAUUGGGCUGUUAAUACGUGAUGGCGGAGAGGAAUCAAGUAGCCGCUUACAAUUUGGACUUGCAGCUGACAUUCUCGGAAGUACCUUGGAAGUGAUACAAACAGAGAAGGGUGAUGCUUUCUUGAAUGAGAUCCAGACAAGCUCCAACUUGCAAUUGAAGACCUUCCGUCCGCCAGAACCUAUUAAAUCCCGGAAGCUAGAAAAAUUCUUUCCUUUGUGGGAGUAGUGGUUGGGAGAAUUUUAUCCUUGGAUUUCUGUCUAAAUAAUAUCUUCACUGCAGUUAUGAAAAUUGAAAGGCACAUUUAAGCAUCAGAAAUUUAAGGCUGAGAUAUAUAAUGUUUGUCAUGAGGGGUUUAAUUUUCUUAAAACAAGUAUUGUAUCAUUCAUCUCUGUCAAUGAAAAUAUUAUGACUUA